UCAUCUCCACUGCAAAGCAGUUUAUCUCUCCCGACACCAUGAGCUACUACAGUGGCUACUACGGAGGCCUGGGCUAUGGCUAUGGCGGCUUCGGAGGCCUGGGCUCUGGCUAUGGAGGCUAUGGUUGUGGAUGUAACAGCAUCUGCAGACUGGGUUGUGGCUGUGGUUAUGGAGGCUAUGGAUAUGGCUCUGGCUAUGGAAGCUAUGGAUAUGGCUCUGGCUUUGGAGGCUACGGAUAUGGCUCUGGCUAUGGAUACGGAUGCUGCCGCCCUUCAUGCUGUGGAAGAUAUGGGUUCUCCAGCUUCUACUGAACGAAUUGCUGAUCUGCAUACUAUCUUAUUUUGCCCAUCUUUAGGGAGCAAGAUGUCCUCUUUGUUACAGAGAAGACAUCUAUGGUUUAUUGACUUCUUGCUCUGGAGGGAAUUGGUCUUCAAUUACUUUGGAAAACUCUUGACUCUCCCUAUUAAAUUUAUGGUGUCAUCUAUUAUAUGCAGUCACUAACAUUUGUUGUGGCUCUCUGUGAUCUAAAAU